UGGUGACGACAACUACGCCGAAAAUUUCAGCAUUAGUUAAGCAGCACAAAAAUGGUUAUAGGUAAUCAAGAUACAGGGGGCACAAAUAGUGUGCCCCAUCCUUCGGGAAUUCCACAAGAUAAAAUCGACAAUAUAAUGAGCGGCAUUGCCAAUACGGGCGAUGUGAAAAUGAAUAAUCACAGAAAAAAACUGAGACAGAGAUUUGAUAUAAUUAAGAAAUUAGGUCAGGGUACCUAUGGCAAGGUGCAAUUGGGUAUUAACAAAGAGACUGGACAAGAGGUUGCUAUUAAAACCAUUAAGAAAUGUAAAAUAGAAGCUGAAUCGGAUUUAGUAAGAAUACGAAGAGAGGUACAGAUUAUGAGUUCUGUACAGCAUCCAAAUAUAAUACAUAUUUAUGAAGUAUUUGAAAAUCGUGAAAAAAUGGUUCUGGUAAUGGAAUUCGCCGCUGGCGGUGAACUUUAUGAUUAUUUGUCGGAACGCAAGGUGCUAAGCGAGGAGGAGGCCCGACGAAUAUUUCGCCAAGUGGCCACCGCUGUUUAUUAUUGUCACAAGCAUAAAAUUUGCCAUCGAGAUUUGAAAUUAGAAAAUAUUUUAUUAGAUGAACAUGGCAAUGCAAAGAUUGCCGAUUUUGGUUUGUCAAAUGUCUUUGACGAUCAACGUUUGCUGGCCACAUUUUGUGGCUCACCCCUCUAUGCUUCGCCGGAAAUUGUCGAAGGUACACCCUAUCACGGCCCUGAGGUAGAUUGCUGGUCUCUGGGUGUACUGCUAUAUACUCUAGUCUAUGGUUCUAUGCCAUUCGAUGGUUCCAAUUUCAAAAGACUUGUCAAACAAAUUAGCCAAGGCGAUUAUUAUGAACCAAAGAAGCCUUCGCGUGCCUCAUCACUGAUACGUGAAAUGUUAACUGUAUGUCCCCGCAAACGUGCCAAUAUUGAACAAAUUUGCUCACAUUGGUGGGUAAAUGAAAACGAUAAUGUUUCGUGCUUAGAAUUGGCCGAAGAUUUGGCCAAUCAAACACCCGUACGUUUAGAUGUGCUGUUAUCGUUGACACCGGCAGCUGUUACGGCCGAACAAUUGGUAGUUCCUUCGGCAGCUGAUGCAGCUGUUGGUGCUAAAGGUGGUGCCAUACCCCGAAGUCAUUCGGUGGGUUCAAUACGUGAAAUUGGACCACCCACAACAACUACGGAAGCGGAACGUAGAAUAUUGGAUAUGGUAGCUGCCGGUGGUGAGGCAGCGCUUAUGCCAUCUCCUACACGUACCAUUACACCUGCACAAAGUCCAAUACAGACAAAACGUAAACUUGAGAAUACCGUUUCAACAGAAAAUGCCACCGGUGUUGCUCUGAAGAAAAAGGAGAAGCCCGGCAGUACCCAUACCUUAGCUGGUGUUGGUGGGGCCGAACAGACAACAGCCACCUCCACCAUUGUAGAAGAAGAACCUACACCAAUGGAAACCGAGGAAACCACUUCUGCUGCGGCUGACGAGCCUUUACCACCCUCCGCGGCUGGUAUUAAAAGUAAUGCCUCACGCAAUUUCUCCGUCAAGGAUAUCCAGGCAGUUGGUGACAUAUGUGAACAGUUAAUACAGGAACCAACACCCAGCACCGCCGCCACCAACAUGCCAGCUGAACGGUUCUCUCCCGAAAAAGAACUAGUUCGCCAGUUGACUAGCACAAAAUUGGACGCUAACGCCGCCACCAGUGCUGAAGAAGAUCCCGAUAAGACUAAAGGUGCCACCAAAGUCAUUAAGAAAUUUGUCAAUAAACACAAGACCGCCGAUUUGGUUAAUGUCAUUGGUAAAAUUGAUGCCGACGAAAGUGCCAAAGCCUCAGAGACUACAAAAACGAAAACUGCAACAGAAUCCGCCGCAGCCACCACCAAACCAUUUGUGCGUAAAUGCAGUUUACAGGAUGAAUCUCCACUCAAUAAGUUCAACAAUGAACGUCGAAAAUCACGCAUUAUGGAGACUGCAGAAAAAUUCCAAGCAAUGAAUGCCGGCCAGGCUGCUGCAGAUAAACCCAAAAAAAUGGUUAUACCCGGUGUCAGUGUGGGCAAUUAUAAAAAAGAAUAUGAACGUAAGGCCUCAACUCCGGCCACCGUUCCGGGUCAACAGUUAACAGCUGGUGAACGUCGUGCUCUGGAAGAAGUUGCAGCGGCAGCCGCUGCUGCAGCAGCUGCUGAAGCUGAAAAUGCCGCACAAAAUGAAGAGCUAACAGAAGCCAAUGAUAAUACAUCAAAUGUAGAGGCAAGCGAUUCAAAGGCUUCCGUAUCAUCAUUUUCGCUGGAAGAUGCCCGUAAAUCUAUGGAAAAUUCAAUAGCCUUAAUACGUCAAGCCCAAUCGGAAUCAUCCAAAGAACUUAAUAAUUUAUGUGCCAAACCCGAAACGCCCGGUGUUGGUGGUGUUUAUGAAACGCAACAAAUUGGUAUGCCGCAACAACCGGCUGUAGAACGUGAACAAAAAUUAAAGAAUGCUCGUACCAUCAUUGGAAAUGCUAUACAGCCAGUUUUACGUCACAGGCCACAGUCAACACAGCCAUUAGCAUGUUCUUCAUCGUAUUUCGGCAACGGCGGCGGGGGCUAUGAUCAAAUGCGUGCCAACAGUGGAAGUUAUUUAGGAUAUGGCGGUAGUAGUAAUGCCGCCGGUAAAUCAUUUACCGGUAAUGAUCCCAUGAUGACAAACCGAGGAGGAGGAUUCGUUGGACUUGGAGGUAACAAAAUGGGUUAUAACGAACCAAUGACACCGCCAUCUCCAGCACCAGCCGCACCACCAACACAAUCCAUGACAAUGCGUAACAGACCCGCUGUAGUACAGCAUAGUACAACACUGCCAGCAAAUGCUGCCGCCCUCGCCGCUGCACGGCAAACAUUAAUGGGGCGUUUAGCUGCUGGCGGUAUUGGUAGUUUUCCACCACCGGUAGCGACCAACACACCAAUUGGAAAUGAACAUUAUCAUCAUCCGCAGCAGCAACAACAACAAACGAAAUCACUACACAGUAUGCAUGCACCAACACCACACCAACAAACAUCAUCAUCACCAUUCUAUGCAACAUCACCAUCAUCACAACAACCACUUGCACUACCGUCGUCCUCCUAUCCACAACACCAUCCACUGUUGGCAACGCCAUUUGGUCCACAAACAGCCACCGCCACCAACGCCACCAUCAGUCCAAAUGCCAAAGCCGUCUCCAAUAAAACCAACAACACGACCACCACCUCCACAAUCACCUCGAAUGCCAUAAACACAAACAGUACGCCAAAACCGUUUUACAAUGCAUCUUCUUCUUCCUCGACGCCAUUGUGGAAAA